CACCACUGGGUGGUGUGGUGGUGGUGAAGCUGGUGGUGCUUCUGAAGAUUCAUCUCCAACUCAUUCACACAUUUUUGCACUUUGAGCUUCUGUUUUUUGGUUUUGAAGAAUUUUCCCAAAUUGUACGUUCAUGUAAUUCGAAGAAAUGCUCGACUGUGCAACAAUUAAAAAACGAUUUACAAAGUCACCGUAUUCUAUAUUCACCUUGUCUUCGGAUGUUGGUAAAUCAUUUGAAGAUGAUUCUCCGUGUAAGGAAGAGGCCCCCAAAACCCAAAUCCAACAUUCCGUUCGAGAUUUUUGCGAACAAACUACGUUUCAUGGUGUUAACAUGAUAUUCACCACUUCCUUAUAUUGGGUUCGGUUUCUAUGGGUGGUCGUCAGUUUAGUGUGCAUCUGCUUAUGCAUGUACUCAUUCUCACAUGUCAAGGAUAAAUACGAUAGGAAGGAGAAAAUUGUUAAUGUGGAGCUUGUGUUCGAAUCUGCUCCAUUUCCAGCAAUAACAGUGUGCAAUUUGAACCCGUUCAAAAAUCACUUGGCACGAAGUGUUCCGGAAAUAUCUGAAACGCUGGACGCAUUCCACCAGGCAGUUGUCUAUAGUAAUGACGCGACAAUGGACGAGUUAAGCGGUCGUGGAAGACGGAGCUUAAAUGAUGGCCCUUCCUUCAAAUAUUUGCAAUAUGAACCUGUUUACUCGGAUUGCUCGUGUGUUCCGGGACGACAGGAGUGCAUAGCUCAAACUUCUGCACCCCGAACACUGGAAAACGCAUGCAUUUGCAAUUAUGAUCGGCAUGACGGAAGUGCAUGGCCAUGCUACAGUGCUCAAACAUGGGAAAAGUCAAUUUGUCCGGAAUGCAAUGAUAUUGGGUUUUGCAAUGUGCCGAAUACAACGGGGUCCGGAAAUAUUCCUUGCUAUUGCCAACUGGAAAUGGGAUACUGUGUAUUCCAGCCAGAAUCUCGCGUAAGAAGAAUUUGGGAAUUUCAAGGGAAUAAAAUUCCCGAAAAGGGUAGUCCACUGCGCAAAGAAUAUAUGGAGCAACUAACACAACUCGGAUAUGGCAACAUGACUGAUCAAGUAGCUAUUACAACGCAGGCUAAGGAAAAAAUGAUUCUCAAAAUGUCUGGCCUUCAUCCACAACGUAGAGCUGCUCUUGGCUAUGGUAAAUCGGAGUUGAUUAAAAUGUGUUCGUUCAAUGGGCAGCAGUGCAAUAUAGACACGGAGUUCAAACUUCACAUUGAUCCGUCAUUUGGAAACUGUUACACAUUCAAUGCAAAUCCGGAAAAGAAGUUGGCCAGCAGUAGAGCGGGGCCUAGUUACGGUCUUCGGUUGAUGAUGUUUGUGAAUUCUUCGGAUUAUCUACCGACAACCGAAGCAACAGGAGUACGCAUUGCAAUUCAUGGAAAAGAGGAAUGCCCUUUUCCUGAUACCUUCGGGUAUUCUGCACCAACAGGCGUCAUCUCGUCUUUUGGUAUUUCACUAAGAAAUAUUAACCGUCUCCCUCAACCAUAUGGAAACUGCUUGCAAAAGGAUAAUCCACAAUCGAGAAGUAUUUACAAAGGUUAUAAGUAUGAGCCAGAAGGGUGCUUUCGUUCUUGCUACCAAUAUCGAAUAAUUGCAAAGUGUGGUUGUGCGGACCCUAGAUAUCCGAAACCCUGGAAAAGAAGUGCUUGGUGUGACAGCACUAAUACCACAACCUUAAACUGCCUCACGACAGAAGGUGCCAAAUUGUCAACAAAAGAAAAUCAGAAGCACUGCAAAUGUAUUCAGCCAUGCCAGCAAGAUCAAUACACAACAACGUAUUCAGCAGCAAAGUGGCCGAGCGGAAGUAUACAAACAUCGUGUGACAAUCAUUCAAAAGAUUGCAAUUCUUAUUUAAGAGAACACGCCGCAAUGAUUGAAAUUUAUUAUGAACAAAUGAGCUAUGAGAUAUUGAGAGAAUCUGAGUCGUAUUCUUGGUUCAACUUGAUGGCCGAUAUGGGUGGCCAAGCUGGCUUGUUUUUAGGCGCAAGCAUUAUGAGCGUGAUUGAGUUUUUAUUCUUCGCUGUCCGAACUCUUGGAAUUGCAUGUAAGCCAAGAAGAUGGAGGCAGAAAACGGAAUUAUUACGAGCUGAAGAAUUGAAUGAUGCGGAAAAAGGAGUAUCCACAAAUAAUAAUUGAUUUUUGAUCUCUGUGGAAUUCAAAUGUGAAUAAACAGGUUU